GAUGAAGUUGUGGCUACCACUUUUGUUUGCUGUGUGGCUGUCAGCUGUGAGCGGAAACAUUAACCGCCGCGCCAGCAGCAGCAGCAGCAGCAGCAACAACAACAACAACAACAACAACCAAAAACGUCCAAACAUCAUCUUUGUCUUAGCCGACGACUACGGCUUCAACGACAUUGGUUACCAUGGCUCCCAGAUUUCUACUCCAACUCUUGAUAAGCUGGCGUCUGAUGGAGUAAAACUAGAGAACUAUUAUGUCCAGCCCCUCUGUUCACCCACUCGUAGUCAGCUCAUGUCUGGAAGGUACCAGAUCCACACAGGCCUCCAACAUGUCGUCAUCUGGCCAGAACAACCCAACGGUCUUCCCCUGGACAGCCCAACAAUGGCGGACAAGAUGAAGGAAGCCGGUUACGCCACACACAUGGUGGGAAAAUGGCACCUGGGAUUUUACAAGGACGAGUACUUGCCCUGGAACAGAGGAUUCGACUCCUACUUCGGGUAUAUAGGCGACCGUGAGGACUACUUUAACCACACAAAUACCUACAUGGACGGUGAGGAGUACCUGGAUCUGCGUGACCAGAACGGACCUGUCUAUAACGAGACUGGACAUUACUCUACUCAUCUCUUCACGGAGAAGGCUAUUGAUGUUUUGCAGGCUCAUGAUUCUAGUAAACCUCUGUUCCUGUACCUGGCCUACCAGUCAGUGCACACACCACUGCAGGUUCCGGAGAAAUAUGAAAGACAAUACACUCACAUCCAGGACUCAAAACGUCGAUCUUACGCAGGUAUGGUGUCCGCCAUGGACGAAGGUGUGGGCAAUCUCACCCAGGCGCUCAAGGACAAAGGUCUGUGGGACAACACCGUGCUUGUUUUCUCUACUGACAAUGGCGGUGCUCGUAGAGGUGGGGCCAACAACUUCCCUCUCCGCGGCGGGAAAAGCACACUGUGGGAGGGAGGUAUCCACGGCGUGGCUUUUGUCACCGGCGGGAGUGUGGCACUGAAAGGAACAGUCAACCGAGAGCUGAUCCACGUCACUGAUUGGUUCCCCACGCUGGUGGGCCUGGCACAGGGCUCCCUCAACGGAACGAAGCCUUUGGACGGAGUGGACCAGUGGGACACCAUCAGUAGCACGCCCACAUGUUGUAAGUUUCCCUUGUGUAUUGUUGUUUCUGCAGAGCCUAACACAUCCCCUGACAAGAACGUGUGGUUGUUCAACAUCACAGCUGACCCGACCGAGCACCACGACUUGUCUGACCAGAUGCCGGGCACGGUCCGGACCCUCCUGGGAUAUCUACAACGGUUUAACCAGCACGCCGUGCCUGCAGUGUACCCUCCCCUAGACAAGAACAGUAACCCAGCGUUGCGCGGGGGAGUUUGGGGACCGUGGCAGUAGUUCCCCUUGACAUUUCCUUGUUUUGUUUUCUUUAUAACUUGUUGUCUUUGCUGUGGAAAAGUUGACAUGCUACAAAUGUUAACGCUUUUUCAGCAGUAGAUCUACUUUGCUCGGAAGUGGGUGUUUCAGAACAGCCUGUGUGUAUCUUGCCGAAAACCAUAGUGCCGAUACUACAUACUACAUUAAUUGCUGUGUGCAGUCUGUUCUUAAACUCUGAUACCAGUUCCUGGUGUGCUAUUUUAAAAUUGUUGUUGUUGUGUUUUUAAAGAAUACAAUUGUUUGCC